GCCGCCCCAGGCCGCGUCAGGGCCUCUGCUGCCCCGGCGGCUUCCGCUGUCUUCGGUGCCACCGCUCCCUCCGCCCAGCCGCAGCUCCCGGCUUGGACCCCGCGGUGAUCAUGAACCAGGCAGAUAAAAAUCAAGAAAUUCCAUCUUACCUUAGUGAUGAACCCCCAGAAGGGUCAAUGAAAGAUCACCCACAGCAGCAGCCAGGCAUGUUGUCUCGUGUGACUGGAGGUAUCUUCAGUGUUACAAAGGGAGCUGUUGGUGCCACCAUUGGUGGUGUGGCUUGGAUUGGUGGAAAGAGUCUGGAAGUAACCAAAACAGCUGUUACAACUGUGCCUUCCAUGGGAAUAGGGCUGGUGAAAGGAGGCGUGUCUGCUGUGGCUGGAGGUGUGACAGCUGUUGGGUCUGCUGUUGUAAACAAAGUGCCCUUAGCAGGAAAGAAGAAAGACAAGUCUGAUUGAGAGAGGAGUACACUUGCUCUCCACAGCAUAUGAUGCCAGUGGCAUUGAACAGCUCAAUUACAGACUACAGCCAAGUCAACUGCUAAACUGCUGUGUUGAAAGUAUUGGUGACUGGCUGCAUCUAAAACAAGAAGAGACCAGUACUACCACAGCGUAUGAAGGCUUCUCAUCCUUAAGUUCAGCUUUUUAUCUGGUAAAAUGUUACACUUGCUCAGUUGUAACUGAAGAUAUGGUAUGUUUAAAUAUUUGCUCUAAGUCUUUCAGUUUGACUAAAAAAUGUGAAAGUUCAACUUAGUAGAUGAUUUUACAGUUCCAUGUGUACAGUGUGCCAGGUAACUCAUAUGACCCUUACAAGGGACUCGAACUACAUAAACUGUACCUUUGACGUGCCUACUAGUUUCAGAUGUCUUAGUUUUUAUAACUAUAGUGGUUUAGGCCAAGAGGCAUUCUUAUUUAAGCUGGCAGAAAAGUAGCAGGAAUUCAGAAGGUUAGAAGACAAAUGGUUUUAUGAUACUGUUAAUUUUUUUUUUUGGUUAGAUAAGCAUUCUAUUUGUUCAAUCAUUGAUGCCUUACAAAGAAAACAUCUUUUCUAAUAAUCUUAAAUAUGUGCAGUUCUUAUAAUUAUCAGUGAAUUCUUUUAAAGGUUGUAAAACUAGUUUCCCUCUUAAAAAUCUCAGGAGUAUUGAGGUAAAGGAGUUUCCUGGUGUCCGUGGGUAAGAUAGUGCUGGUUAGCUAUUGUGAGUAAAACACAGGCUUUAGUAGUUGAAUUCAUGGUCCCAUCAUUAAUAUACCCCACAGUAUCUAUGGAACACUUCUUAGCUCAUCAAAAGCUGUGUGGGAAGUUUCAUAUUGAGAAGGAAUAAAUAUUAAUUUUUAAGUUUUUAUAAUUAUCUGAAGAAUCUAAGAUAAUCCUUCAUGCUUAUUCUUUCUUUAGGAUGUCUUAAAUUAUUAGUAGUAAUUCCUUUAAAAUACAAUAAAAUCAACCAUUAAUAUAUGAGGAUUGACUCUUCAAAUGAAUGAGAUGGGCUCCAUAUAUUGGGUUUGAAUAAAAAAAAUACAUAAGUGCUUUCAAUGACGUAUUUAGGCUUUUUUUCUUUUGAGAUGGGGUCUUCUAAAGGCCAGGCUGGUCUUGAACUGGAUAUAUAGCUGAGGAGACCCUUGAGCUUGUAAUUCUGCUCUCACCUCCCAAGUGCUGGGAUUCCAGGCAUGAGAUACCAUGCUUGGCUUAUGUGAUGUUGGAAAUGGAACCCAGGGGUGCAUGCAUAGUAGGCAAGUACUGUACCGACUGAGCUGCAUCCACAGUGACAUUUAUUUAUGGCUUUAAAACACAUUCUCUUACAACCCUUUAAAGCAGCUAUAGACAUGUCAUUUCUCAAGCCAGUUUCAGGUAGGGAGUUGAAGGUUUUUGAUAUGGAUGGUAAGUGUGUUGUGUCUUUAUGUGUUAUCAUAGCUCAUUCUCACUCACAGAAUGUAACUCAAAGUUCAUUUGUUUUUGUCUUAAUGCUUAGUUUUAUGGAAAUGUAUAAGUGACAUAUAUAUUUGGCAUUUAUCUAAUAAUCUAAACCUGAAAACAAAUCUUAAUUUUCUUUAUACCUACAACUAGAAGUCUGUCUCUAUUCUGCCCCUUCUAACUCCCUGGAGAGAGGAAGGGAGUGGUGCCUUGACAUAAGUCAAAAUGUAGUGUUCCCAAGAACAGGAGAAGAUUACCUGAAUAUGUAGAUUUAAAUGUUUGGAACUCUUAAGAGGAUUCUAUUAGUAAUGUGGACCAACAGUUGGAUAAAAAUAUAAAUUUUAGAAGCAUUCAUAAAUAACAGCAGGACUGUCAAGCAAAUCUACAAAUGUUCUUGGAACUUUAUGUUUAUACAAAACUUAAAAUCAUUGAAUUAAAUUUAGAAGAAAUUAAAUGGUCAUUUAUUUCACGCAAUAUCAUUUGUUGGUACAUCUGGUGAAAUGUCUUAACAAAUGGUAUUUUUAAAAUUCUAAAAUGAAUAGACCCAUUCUCAGUGAUCUAAAUAAUGGUAAUGGGGAACUUGAUUCCUGCUAUUUAGAAGAAUUUAUUGAUUCAUUGCUGGUGUGUAUUCUAGCUUAGAGGCUCUGCUAUGCUUUGUACUUGAAAUAGUCUAAGUGUAGGCUUAGUAUACUAUAUGCUUGCAUAUUUAUUUUCAACUUUGCUUGUCUUUAAAAUCACUUGAGGAAAAAUGGCUAUAGUUAAUUUCUGCUGCAGAAAAACCAACUGGUAAAUUUUCUCAAUCGUCUUAAAUGUACAGUGUGGUUCAGAGGGGCUUUUACAAUGAACAGAUGAUAGCAGAGAACUGUACAAAUAUACAGGUAGCUAUAGUUCUGAGUGAAAUGAACUUGCCAUUUGAUGAUGUGUACAGCUAUAUACCUGAGUCUCUUCUAGUUUACCUAGACUAGCAAUUUGACCUGUUAAACAGGACUAGUUCACUUUGUUAUAUACACCUGGAGGUAUCUGUUAUUCGGCUAUUUUUUUGAGUGGGUUUGGCACAGUGAAGAUAACUUUGUGUGACCCACUUGAAUGACUGAUCUAAUAAUGUUGACACGAAUACUGUAUUUAGUGAAAUGUCAGAUGAAAAUACCUGAUUGAAUAAUGCGGGAAUUUUUGUAUUAAAGGGAUGGGAAAGAACACCUGAAUCUGAUAAUAAAGGACUAUGAUCUGCAAA